AUAAAUUUCGUUAUAUAUAUAUCACCUUUAAAAAUUUAUGUUUUAUUAUAAUAGUUUUAAUUAACAGCAAUAAUAUUACUAAAAAAAUGAAUAAUUUAAAUAUAGAUAUUAAAAGUAAUAGAUAUAAUAAUAAAAAUAAAGGAAUCGAUGAAAUUAUAGAUAUAUUAGCACUCGAGUUUCAACAGAAACCAUUAGAAUGUGAUUUUUUUAUUUCACUUUUUUAUACUUCAUUGUUUCACAGAAAAAACUACAUACUAUGCAAUCCAUUUCCACCAUCAUAUAUAGACCCAAGUAAACCUUUGAAUACCCAAAAGAAUUUUGAUGCUUUAAAAAUAGCAUUUUCACAAUUACCAGAUGUACAUAAAUUAUCAAGCAGAGAUAUUUUAGAAAAACUAUCUCCACAAUUAAUACAGGCAUUAUAUUUUAUACUAAAGCCAGCAGAUGGGAUUAAUGUUAGUUUUAUGGAUUAUAGAAAGUUUGAAAAAAAGAACGGCUUUUUAAAAGACUCACCAGACCAUUUAAAAACAUCACAUAAACCAUCAUUUGUAUUCAAAAUCAAAUAUAAAAGUAAUCCAGAUAUUAAUAGUAAUAAUGGUGUUAGUCCUUUCAACAAUAUAAAUUUUAAUAGUUUAAAUUUUAAUAAUUUAAAUGAAGUUUUAAAUAAUAAUGUAAAUAGCUUUAUAAACAAUAGUAACAAUAGUAACAAUAGUAAUAACAAUAACAAGAUAAUAAAUGAAUCUCACAGUAAAAAGAAUAAAAAAUUUAAAGAGUUAUCAAAAGAAUACGGGACAAUGCUCGGAUAUCAUGGAAGUGCCAACGAAAAUUGGUAUAAUAUAAUUAAAGGUAGAGGAUUUUCACAUCAAUUUGUAUCUGAGGAGUGUAUUUUUGGUAAAGGCUUUUAUUUUUCAUCAGAUAGCAAGGUUUCAACAUCAUUCAUUAAAUGGGGUGGUGCAAAUAAAUCACCAUCAAAUGAAUAUUGGUGGCCCAACUCAAUGUGGUCAAAAAAGAAAAUAGGAUUUCUUUCUGCAUGUACAUUAAUUAAUAAUCAAUCAACUUUUCGUGGUAUUGAGGUUAAAGCAACCAACCAUAAAUCAUCACCACAUAUUUAUUCCGACCAAGAUCGUUCUUUACCUCCAUACUAUAUAUUGGCAAAUAAUUCUGAAGAUAUUCGUGUCAAAUAUAUGUUGCUAUUUAGCGAGGAUACAGUUAAGCCAAAGUCAAACAAUAACUCUAAUGCCAGUAGUGUAAACUCACAAAGCAGUAGUAGCAGCAACUCUAUUAAAAACAAUAACCACACCAACAACAAUGAUAGCACCAAAACACAAUUUAAUAAUAAUACUGAUAGUCAAACAACUACCACACCCACAAAUCAAACCAAAGCCUCAGUUAAUCUAGUUUUAAUAUUUAUAAUAAUUGUAUUGGCUUUAGCUCUUUUGAUUAAUUCAUUUAAAACCUUUUCAAAUAAAAGAAAUCCUAUUAGUCACAAAGAUAUAAAUUAAAUAAAUAAUUAAAUUUAAAAUAAAUUAAAUUUAUUCCUAUUGUUAUCCAUUUACAUUAUUAUACAUUUUUUAGAUUUUUUCUUUCUUCUGUUAUUUGUACCAGUUCCGGAACUAUUAUUAUUACUAUUAUUCUGAUUUAUAUUAUUAUCUUGAUUAGUAUUAUGAUUAUUUACAGAGUUAUUGAUGUUUAUAUUAAUAUUUUCAUUUUCAUUUGAAACGUUUACUUGUGAGUUUGUUGUGGUGGUAGAGGUUGCUGUAGCUGUUGUAUUUUCAUUUAUAUUAUUAUUUACAGAUGAAUUGUUGUUAUUAUCAGUGCCAAUCUCUGGAACGACAAUGGUUAAUGGUAUAAUAUCUUGUUCAUGAUGAUUUAAUGGACUAUUAUUACCAAUGUCUGAUAUUAUAUUUGGUGAAGAGCUAGAUGUAUUGGUAUCUUUAAUUUGUUCUUGGUGAUAAACUAAACUAUCCCCUGUAGUUGGUGAAUCUGAAAUGAUAAUAUUGGUUUUAACAGUAUCGUCUUCAUUUUUAAUGUUGUUUGGUGUAUUGAGGGUUGUUGUAGUUGUAGUGGUGGUGGUUGUUGAUGAUGAUGAUUGAUUAUCUUUAUUUGGUUCCUCUUCAGCAGGAUCAUCUCCAUCCUCUUCAUUUUCAUCGCUAUUAUCUUCAUCUUCAUCAUUAUUGUCGUCCUCUUCAUCGUCGUCCUCCUCUUCGUAAUCUUCUCUAUCUGAAUAUUCUAAAAAGUCCAUAUCAAUGGAUUGGUUUUGUCUUUUAAUUUUUUCGACAUAUUUACGAUGUUCAUCUGGAUUUGUGUCUGGAUGAGGAAUUGUAAUAUGACUUGGUUUUAAUUUAUUUGCUUUUUCUACAAGCU